AUGGACCGUUAUCAGAAAAUCGUCCGGCGAGUGAAGGCGUUAAGCCCGGAGCUCGCCCUCCGUUACAUCCUCCCCGCCCUCAAGCCUGGACCGUUCAAAGAUAGCGUCUGCCGACGGGCUCCCAAGACUAUGGAAGAGUUAAGGGAGCGCGCGACAGACGAGAUCAGGGUGGAGGAGAUGAAGUUGUCUUACAAGAAGGAGAUUCAGGAGCUCAAGGGGGAACGAGCGAAUACAGGAAAGUCAGGUGUCACGGCGGGAAAACCGGGCGGCUUCAAGCUGAAGGAACCACGGCGAGGACCCCGUUUUCAGCAGUAUACUCCCUUGAACGCCCCUAGGGAGAAGAUCCUCCGGGAGGCACUAAGCGCGGAUUUGCUUCCCGAACCUGUGAAGCGGCCUACUCCAUCGGGAGCGGACGGGAGCAAACACUACGCCUACCACAAGAAUAUGGGCCACACCACCGAAGAGUGUGUGACCCUCAAAGACAAAACUGAAGAGUUGAUCCGGGCAGGGAAGCUCAAGAAGUACAUUCGGGAUGACCGCCCUCAGGCACCCGCGGAGCGGCCCGCCCAGAGGCCGGCGUACAGGUCCAACAGAUCUAGAAAUGAUCGGGCUGAGCGCCCCCGUUCCGAACGACGACGAAGCAGAAGCCGCAACAGAAGCCAUAGCAGAAGUCGCGAACGCCCCCUGCAGGGGCACAUUAAUACCAUCUCGGGAGGCUUCGCCGGGGGAGGAUCGUCUUCGUCCGCACGAAAGCGCCAUGUACGGGCCCUGUAG